AUGUCAUCAACACUCUUUGGAUCACUUGGCACCCCGAUUGUCACAGGGAGCAGAAUUUCAGCACCAUGGAAUGACACUACUACCGGAGGCAUGUCUCCAUCUGGCAGCGGUAUGUCCUUGCCGACAUCGCUCGGCACCGGCUCCUCUGGCUCUCUAAUUGCCACGGGAAGCAAGGCUUCAUCGGGGUCAUGGAAUAGCACGGCCACCGGUGGUGUGUCAUCGUUGUUAGGCACACUGGCUACAGGUACCACUGCUUCGACGCCUCGCGAAUCCUCGACAGGUUCAACAAGCGUAGAGACUCAAGGGUCGGCAGCGUCGAAUGGUACGGUGACAUCAACUCCCGGUCUUCCAGGGACGGAAAGCCUUUCUCUAUCACCCUCUAACUCAUUGGGCUCGUCAGCUGCGUCAAGCCGCCAACCUUCAGGAUCAUGGAAUAGCACCAACUCAGGUGCUCCGACACCACCUACCGGCAGCUUGACUGGUAACCUCAGUGGUACCGGGAUGGGUUCUCCGGCACCAAGCACCCCCAGUUCCUCUCUUGGAACAGGCAGCCCAGUCGUCUCUUCUAUGAAUGGCACAGCGUCGAAUGGGAUGACACUAUCCGACGGCGGAGCCUGGGGCCAAACCACAUCUACUGCCUCAGGACCGUCAGGCACGCCUCCCGCAUCUGGACCGUGGAAUAGUACAACAGGAAGCUGGACAUCGCCGGUCGGCAGCGGCGCAGGCACUGUAAUAUCACCUCCCACGACAUUCCCCACGCCGUCUACCCCAUCGGCCACAAUGGGAACUGGGCUUUCAGCUCCGUGGAACAGUACGUCGGGUAUGGUUCUCUCCUCGGGCGGGCUUACUGGGAGUAGAGGGUUGUCGUCUGGGGCGACACCGACAGGUUCUACUCCAGUAUCGAUUCAAUCCACUGCUUCUUACAAUGGCACAAGCACUCCCGGUGGAGGAGGGACACCAUCAAGCGACAUCGCAGGUAACAGCACGCAACCAGUCUCCCAACCUCCUUGGGGGACCGGUCGCCCUUGGCAAACCGGGCCAGGUUCGCUGAGCACAACGGCAUCGAGGUCUUGGAAUAGCACGACAGGUAAUGCUGCCUCGUCGGGGAUUCCCUCGGGAUCUGGCAUGACGGGUUCCAUCUCAACUUUCCAAGGAUCAUCUCCUGUUACUGGCACUUCGGCGCAGCCAAGCCAGCUAUCAGAUUCGUGGAAUAGCACUGGGACACCGUACGGUGUCAAGCCCCGCGGGUGGAUCGCCAACCCAGAGCUCAGGGUCAUGGAAUUUGACACUGAGCCCGGGUACGAGCAUCUCAGGAACGUCAGUGCCUACAACCUUUACCCCCUCGGGUCCUUCUCCCACAGCGAGCAUUGGAUCUACAGGCUUCUCGUCACUGACCCUGUCAGAAUCUGGCUUCUGGAAUGGCAGUACGGGCAUAGGGACAGCUUCAGGAGCUACCAGUCCAACUGGCAUCUCGUCGCCCACGCUUUCGGCAUCAGGGCCAUUGAACAUCACUACUAUGAGUCUAAGCACGGCAUCAGCGGGAUCCAAUACUACACUUACGGGCGGCUCGCCGCCCACACUUCCAGCUUCAGGGUCUUGGAACAGCACCAUGACCUCUGCGGGAACCAGCGCUGGAGCUACCGGGGCCUCAUUGCCUACGCUUUCAGCCACUGGGUCAGGGAAUGGCACCACAGGCGUGGGUACGGCCUCAGCAGGUAUCAGCACUGGAUCAAGCGGCACCUUAUCACCUACUCUGCCAAUAUCCGGUUCGUGGAACAGCACCACGCGAACGGGGAUUUCCCCGACAGGUGCUCUUGGUACGGGCUCUUCAUCGAUGCCUGCUAA